CUCCAUUAGAAAACCCUGCAAGUCGAAACCUUCCUUCAAAACUCUUCGAGGAGUCGGAAGCCGAUUUGGAAGGAAAGGAGCUUACUGCACGUACGAGCAUAAGUUAUAUACACACCAGAGACAGUUUCAAUGGAGACAAAGGAAGAACAGAUGGUGGUGGGGAGAAGAUCAGCGGAGUCGCCGGACUACGGGCCAUUGCGUGAGCUGGUGAGGCACCACAUAGAGUCAUACGAUCACAUGGUGCAGUUUGGAUUGGAUACCAUGUUCGAGUCCAUCAAGCCUGUCGAAGUAAAAGAUCCCUCCACCGAUAUUACGCUUAGAAUCUGGUUGAGUAAGCCUAUGCUAUACAGUCCUGUAAAGGAAGGUACAGUGAAGAACAUGAACACGCCUCUGCUUCCUUUCGAAUGUCGACAGGCGAAAAUUUCAUAUGCUGGAAAAUUCACUGCAGAUGUUUGCUUCCAGUAUGGUGGUGCUGGUGCUGCUGUUAUCCGGGAAAAUUUUAAUCUUGGGCAUUUUCCUGUAAUGUUAAUGUCUAUGCUUUGUCACUUGAAAAGUGCUGAUCCAAAGAUAUUGGUUUCGUGCAAGGAAGAACCGACAGAAAUGGGUGGUUACUUCAUUUUGAAUGGGCUUGAGAGAGUUUUCCGACUUGUGAUCUUGCCGAAGCGGAAUUAUCCAAUGAGUAUGGUGAGGAGUUCAUUUUCUGAACGGCGGGAAGGAUACACUGAUAAAGCAGUUGUUAUAAGGUGUGUAAGAGAGGAUAUGUCUGCAGUAACAGUUAAAUUAUACUAUCUUCGCAAUGGAAGCGCAAGACUUGGAUUUUGGAUACGGAAUAGGGAGUACAUGCUUCCUGUUGGCAUUGUUCUUAAGGCUCUUGUUGACACUAGCGACCGUGAGAUUUAUGAGAAUUUGACAUGCUUCUAUGAUGAGAAAUAUGAGAAGGUAAAGGGCGCUGUUGGGACUCCUCUUGUGGGUGAGAGAGCAAAAAUUAUCCUUGAUGAACUUCGAGACUUGUCUCUUUUCACUAGGACACAAUGUCGACAUCACAUUGGGCAGCACUUUCGAGAAGUCAUGAUUGGGCUGGAGAAGAAAAGUUUUUCUGAUGUGGCUGAUGCUGUUCUGAAGGACUACAUAUUUGUUCACCUAAAUAACAAUGAUGACAAGUUCAAUCUACUCAUCUUUAUGGUUCAGAAACUCUUUUCACUUAUAGAUCAGACAUCUGUACCAGACAAUUCGGAUUCCUUACAAAAUCAGGAAGCCUUACUUCCUGGUCAUCUGAUUACUAUUUAUCUCAAGGAGAAACUAGAAGAGUGGCUACAAAAAGCAAAAAAGCUCCUUGAGGAUGAAAUUAGUGACAAAAGCCCAAAAAAAGCUUUUGACCUCUGCAGCUUAGCACAUGUCAAAAAGGUCAUUGAUAAAAAUCCUCUGAAGCAAAUUGGUCCAGCUAUUGAGGCCAUGCUACGGUCUGGAGGAUUAGCUACACAAUCAGGCCUGGAUUUACAGCAGAGAGCGGGCUUCACAGUCCAGGCGGAGCGGCUUAAUUUUCUGCGAUUUAUUUCAUUUUUUCGAUCUGUUCAUCGAGGAACUUCUUUUGCUGGACUUCGGACAACAAGUGUUCGGAAAUUGCUUCCUGAAUCUUGGGGUUUUCUUUGUCCUGUCCACACACCUGAUGGAGAGCCAUGUGGAUUGUUGAAUCAUAUGACCUGCACUUGUCGUAUUACAUCACACAUUGAUUCGAAAAGGGGAAAUAGGGACUUUUUUAAAAUUAGAGCGUCUAUUCUUAAUGUCCUAGUUGGCAUUGGAAUGACAUCUUCAUUACCAAAACUUGUUAAAGCUGGUCCUCCUCAAAUUCUCCAUGUUCUUCUAGAUGGUCGUGUUGUUGGUGUUAUACCCUCCAGUGAAGCUGAGAAAGUUGUCUCCCAUUUAAGGAAAUUGAAAGUGUUAGCAAGUUCAGUGAUUCCUGAUGAUCUGGAAGUGGGAUAUGUUCCUCUGAGCUUGGGUGGUGCAUAUCCUGGUCUGUAUUUGUUCACAAAUCCUUCUAGAUUUGUUCGCCCAGUUAAAAAUUUGUCUAUCCCUUCCAAUGAAAGUCAGAAUAUUGAACUUAUUGGACCAUUUGAACAGGUUUUCAUGGAAAUAAGAUGUCCGGAUGGUGGAGAUGGAGGAAGAAAGAAUGCCUUCCCUGCAACUCAUGAAGAAAUUCAUCCAACUGGAAUGCUCAGUGUUGUCGCUAAUCUCACACCUUGGUCGGAGCAUAAUCAGAGCCCACGUAACAUGUACCAGUGUCAGAUGGCAAAGCAAACAAUGGCUUUCUCGUCAGUAGCUCUUCAAUUUCGUGCUGAUCAAAAGUUAUAUCAUCUUCAGACGCCUCAAAGUCCCAUUGUACGCACGAGUAGUUAUACAAAGUACAGCAUGGACGAACAUCCAUCAGGUACAAAUGCAAUUGUUGCGGUGCUUGCAUAUACAGGAUACGAUAUGGAGGAUGCAAUGAUUCUGAAUAAGUCAUCUGUUGAUCGUGGGAUGUGUCACGGUGAAAUAUAUCAGACGGAGACUAUUGAUUUAUGUGAUGGGAAAAGCAAGUCAGAUAGGAUUUUCAGAAGAAGUAACAUUGAUAAGUCAGUUCUUCCCUUGAUUGACGCUGAUGGACUUCCGUAUGUUGGUCAGAUAAUACAUCCAAACGAGCCCUAUUGUAGCAUUUAUAAUGAAACAACAAGUACAACAAAAACCAACAAUCGAAAAGGUUCUGAAUCUGUUAUAGUUGACUAUGUUGCGGUCGAUACAAAGAACAAGAAGGAUAUUCAAAAGGUUAAUAUACGAUUUCGACACCCUAGGAAUCCUGUUAUUGGCGAUAAGUUUAGCAGUAGGCAUGGGCAGAAGGGUGUGUGCUCCCAGUUGUGGCCAGAUAUUGAUAUGCCAUUUUCUGGAGUCACAGGAAUGCGUCCAGAUCUUAUUAUUAAUCCGCAUGCUUUUCCUUCAAGGAUGACUAUUGCAAUGCUUUUGGAAUCUAUUGCUGCAAAGGGAGGCAGCUUACAUGGACGGUUCAUGGAUGCAACACCAUUUGCCAGUUCAGUGAAGGAGAGAGCUAAUGAGAGGGAUACGACAUCAGAGUCUAAAUCUCUAGUCGAUGAGCUCGGUGAAUUGUUGAGGGAAAAAGGCUUUAAUUAUCACGGUUCUGAGGUAUUAUAUAGUGGGGUCUAUGGAAUUGAACUUACAUGCGAAAUUUUUAUUGGGCCUGUUUAUUACCAACGGCUACGGCACAUGGUUUCAGACAAAUAUCAGGUUCGGUCCACCGGAAGGGUUGACCAUGCCACUCGACAGCCUAUUAAAGGAAGGAAGCAUGGUGGAGGUAUCCGCUUUGGGGAAAUGGAACGAGAUGCCAUGCUUGCUCACGGGGCAGCGUAUUUGUUACAUGACAGGCUGCAUACAUGUUCUGAUUAUCAUGUUGCUGAUCUGUGUUCACUAUGUGGAAGCAUCCUCACAACAGUGUACAACCAGUCACAAAAGCGACCUGUCCGACAGAUAGGAGGGCUACCUCCUGGAAGGGCUCCCAAGAAGGUCACUUGCAACGCAUGUCAAACAAAUAAAGGAAUGGAGACUGUUGCCAUGCCUUAUGUUUUUCGAUAUUUGGCUGCCGAACUGGCAGCUAUGAACAUAAAGAUGACCCUCCAGUUAAAAGAAUAGAGUAGCCUGAUAGCUUAUAAGUGGUAUUAUAAGUGAAAGCAUACUUCUCUGAAGAAAGGUGAGUAUCGACACGGAACAGAAAUCCUCUACUAUGCUGAGAAAAGUCCGUCUUCCAAUUAGGGUUUCGACGUAAGAGGCAGGGGUGGUUCAGAAUUCCUUUUCCCCUGCAUAUGUAUCAUUUAUUUUUAAUAGUUUAUCGAUAUAUUUCUGUUUGUAUCAGAAUUGUUGUGUAAUCAUCUAAGGCCAAUCUUUUGACUGCCAAAUUUCUUCUUGUACAUUUCUAGGCCUGUGUUGCUACUAAAUUAUCUUACAUAUUCGAUUCAUUAUAAAUACUUUCUUGUGGAAAUGCCCACCGAGUCGGGUACUACAUU